AUGGCUGAAGAUUGUGCAAAUCCGCUGUUGGCGGUAUGGCUGAAGGAAUGGAUGGAUGAAGCCAAGGAAAGGAAUAGCAAAGGUUAUACUGUGUAUUCCGGCCUCCCCUCUGACAUUACGUGCGGCCGUGCUAAUGAGCCCAGUUAUAAAAAAGCCUAUCAAUCCAUCAAAGCGUGCCCCUUGACGUUCAGCCACCCCUCCGAAGCUCAACAGCUCAACGGCCUCGGCCCAAAACUAUGCGACCGACUUACGGAGAAGCUCAAACAGCACUGCGAGCAAAAUGGACUACCUAUGCCCAAGAAGAAACGCAAGAGGAAUCACACAUCGGAAGACUUGCCAUCAGAUGCGGCGCAGCCAGCCGAAGCUGAACACUCCUCGCCAGUCCGACGGAAGCGGAAGGCCCAACCAUACGUUCCAAAAUACAGAUCUGGCGCUUAUGGAUUGAUAGUGGCUCUCGGCACCUUGGACCGAGAAAGCAAUCAGGCUAUCCCGAAGCCUGACCUGAUCGAACUGGCACAACCUCAUUGCGAUGCGAGCUACACUAUCCCGAGUGAUCCUACCAAGUUCUUCACGGCGUGGAAGUCUAUGCAAACAUUGGAAUCAAAAGAGCUUGUCUGUACCAAAGGUCAUCCGACCAAAAGAUAUUACUUGUCCGACGAAGGUUGGGAGGUUGCAGAAGGCAUCCAGGCAAGCGCCGACGGUCGGCCUGUUGCUGCAAAUAAAACGAAGCAGGGGAAAGCCGCACCAAUUCGUGGCGUGAAAGGUUCAAGGUCGGUCACACCAGAACCUUCAAAGAAACCUUCAGCUUCAGUUGCUCCACCGCAGUACAGUCGACCUAGUGGCUCACUAGCUCAUAGAGCGGUUGAUCACUUAGAGGUUGUAUCGAUUUCCGAGAACGACUGGCCUGAGUCGGAACCAGAGAUGACGCUUGUCCGCUCCAGGAGCGGAGUGCUUAGUGGAAGACCUACAACUUCCAGCUCCUCUCUAGAAGACACCAUUAUCCUGCCGGCAGGAAGCUUUGAGGUGAAAAUGGUGCUUGAUAUGCGUGAAGUCCGCACCACGACCGACCGAGAUUACAUAUCUGGGGAGCUGAAAAAGCUUGGUGUAUCUCCAAUUAUCCGCCCCCUCCCACUAGGCGAUGUCUUGUGGGUUGCAGAAGUAAAUCCGCUCUACGCUAACAGUCUCAAGGCAGCAGUUGUUGGUGACGAAGCUGACGAGAAAGUGGAAAUCGUUUUGGAACACAUUCUAGAGCGCAAAAGGCUCGACGACUUGAUCAGCAGCAUCAAAGACGGACGCUUUCACGAACAGAAAUUUCGGCUGCACAGGUCAGGGAUCAAGAACGUGACUUACCUCAUUGAGGAGUACUCGAUCUCUUCAGAAAGAAGUGAAAAGUAUGGUGAUGCGCUGGAAAGUGCCGUCGCCAGUAUGCAAGUGGUUGACAACUUCUUCGUCAAGCAAACAACAAAGCUGGAUGAUACGAUUCGUUAUCUUGCCAGAAUGACCACAACCCUGAAGGGACUGUACGAAAGCAAGGACAUCAACGUCAUUCCCGCUCAGAGCUUCGAGGCUGAGGCUGUGUCAUUGUUGUUGGAACGGUUCAGAAAGACUUCGCCCGGGACCGCCUUUGGCAUGACAUUCUCCGUAUUUAGUGCCAUGUGCGACAAAUCGGAGAGCAUGACGCUUCGAGAUGUCUAUCUCAAGAUGUUGAUGUGUACAAGAGGUGUAACUGGGGAGAAGGCGAUUGAAAUCCAGAAAAUCUGGCCGACACCGCGUGCUCUGGCCGAAGCUUUCGAGGCGCAAGAAAAAGGAGCCGCGCGGGAUGCAAGGAUAAGUGAUCGCCUUGGAGCUACCAUUCCUCGGAAGAAGGUGGGAAAGGCAUUAAGCGCCAAAAUUGCAGAGAUUUGGGGGUGA